GCCCGUGACACCAAUAAAGCCGUGCUAAUAGCACUUUAUGACUAUGAGUCAAGAACGGAAAAUGAGCUGAGUUUCCAAAAGGGUGAUCAGAUGACAUUACUUGAUCGGAGUAUUCCAGAUUGGUGGUUAGUGAAGAAACGUAAAAACGGUGAACAUGGGUACGUUCCUCGAAAUUAUGUCGCUAAAUUGGUGGAUGAUGAAAGUGAAGAAUGGUAUGCUGGACGAAUGCCACGCAAUCGAGCUACUAAUGCAGUCACCGUUAGUCAUCUGCCAAAAGGUGCUUUUUUGAUUCGAGAACGCGAACUCAACCCAAGUGAAUUUGCUCUUACCGUACGCGACAUUGAUGAGCAAGGAAAAGCAUCCGCAAAACAUUAUAAAAUCAAGCGAAACCGUGAUGGUCGUUUCUACAUAACGCCUAGCAGAAUGUUCGAAUCUCUUCGUCAUUUGGUCAUUCAUUACGAAACACAAGCUGAUGGGUUAUGCUGUCAGUUGACGUCGGCGGUACCUCGUAUCGCUCCCACACGACCAGAACUUUCACAUUUAACAAGAGAUAAUUGGGAGAUUCCAAAAGAACAAAUUCGACUAGAGAAAAUGAUUGGCUCUGGUAACUUUGGCCAAGUUUGGCAUGGCUACUGGCGAGAUAUAAUCGAAGUGGCAGUCAAAACUAUGAAGCCUGGCAGUAUGCUAGCUACUGAAUUUCUUGCUGAAGCAACGAUAAUGAAGAAAUUUGAUCACCUGAAUCUGGUCAAAUUGUAUGCGGUGUGCACCAAAGAAGAGCCCUUUUAUAUUGUUACUGAAUAUAUGGUUAAUGGAUCUCUUCUUAAUUAUCUUCAAAACGGUGGCAGAAACCUUAGCAACACGGCAUUACUCGAUAUGUGCGCUCAGGUUGCAAGUGGAAUGACUUACCUCGAAUCAAAAAAACUUGUUCAUCGUGACUUAGCAGCUCGGAAUGUUCUUGUGGGCGAUUUUUUCAAUGGCUCACUUAUUGUAAAAAUUGCCGACUUUGGUUUGGCUCGUUGGCUGAGAGAAGAUUAUGUUUAUGAAGCAAGGGUGGCCACAAUGUUUCCAGUUAAGUGGACUGCACCAGAAGCAGCAAGGAUGGGCAAUUUCACAAUCAAAUCGGAUGUUUGGUCAUAUGGAGUGCUCAUUUUUGAAGUUACCAGUCACGGAGGAUCACCAUAUUCCGAUUUUGACACUAAAGAAGUGAUUGCAAAAGUUGAAAGUGGAUAUCGACUGCCCAAACCAGCUGAUUGUCCUCAGCGAAUUUAUGAUGAUAUUAUGUUGGAAUGUUGGAAUCAGGAACCAACGCGUAGACCGACAUUUGCUUCUAUUUCCCGCUAUUUCGAUAAAUUUUUCAAUAAUGAUCCCAUGUUCUCAUGA